UUCUCUAUUGAAAGUUCAGGUCGAUCGCUUCGGGCUUAGGGUCCUAUAUAAAUUAUUAACUUUUAUGUGAAUUCUCGUGGCGUUGCUCGAGCGCUUUUUAAAUUAUUUGUGCAAGGAAAUUCUUGACUCGUGGACGACCCGGGAUCCCCAGGAUGGAGAAGUUCCAGUGCAAGCCGGAGCCGGCGGAGAGGAAGGAGAAGCCGGUGGAGGAGCUGAUGGACUGGGAUAACUACUACAAGCACCGCGGGAUGAUCAGCACUCGACUGGCCAGCUGCAAGGCGGAGUACAUGCACUGCUCCACCUACCAGGAGAAGGACAACAAGGACAACAAGGACAAGAAGGACAGGAAGGACAAGAAGGGCAAGGGCGCCUCGGCCUGCUGCUGCUCCUCCUGCCCGGUCCGCAACCGAGAGGGGGUCUACGAGCCGCGGUGCCCGGCUCCUGGCCAGAAGGGCAAGCCAAACCGGGACUACAUGCGCUGCUUUGCCGCCAAGCUGAUUGUCCAGCGGCUGGACAUGCCGGGCCGGGACUUCGAGUGCCGGGACAAGCUGCAGGUCAGGGCCAGCGUGUGCCGCGGCUGCAAGAUCUGCCUGAAUGCCGGCAGCAUCGGGGUCAACUGCCUGCCCCUCAAUCCCGACAAGACCUUCCAAAUGGAGCCGGAGUGCCUGCAGCGGCAGCUGGCCGAGGGCAUCACCAUUUCCGUGGUCUAUCUGCGCAAGGAGAUUGCUCGCGGCUGCUACUUCCCGCCCGCGGCGGUGGUCAACCGCAUGAUCAACGACUUCGAGGAGAUCGUACACGAUGCCAACGUGGAGCUGACCUGCAAGGGCUGCACCGUCGGCCUGAUUAACCUCCGCUUCGCCAUGCAGAUGCGCUGCCAGACCCUCAAAGAAGACGCGGUAGCCGGACGACGUUUGGCGGGCGGCCAGGAGCGGCCAGGAUGCUCGGCGGGCGGCAUGGACAUGCAUGUGGAUCCCCGGGACGUCUCCUUCAUGUCCUCCUCCUCGCUUGAUCCCUGUGCGGGUUUCAUGCCCAGCGACGUGGAGGAUUCUCGACGGGAUUCCCCCUCCUGCAGCGGGGAUAGGGGCCACAAUUGCGAGGGAUGUCAGGAAGCCCCUCCUCGUUUGGUGGACAUGGCGGGUCCCUAUCCCGUCUACUCCUGCCCGAAUGUGGACGACUGCUGUGUGUCCUUUGAGCCUCCGGCGGGUCCUGCCACCCAGUUUUCCUCCUGCCAGCGGAACAUCCUGGGCGAGGGGAACUCCAAUCGCCUCUGCCAGAAGCAUUCGGUGCCCAAGCUCCGGCAGAUGCACAUCAGCAACACCCGAUCCUGCGUGCUGUGCGGCGAGGAUGUCUCCUGGCUGCCCAAGGUUGCCGCCUGUCCCGCCUGCGGCUACAAGCCUGUGCCGGAGUUCAAGGAGCGCCCCUACGAUGAGGCAGCCACCGCCCAAUCGAUUCUCCUGGAUCACCUGGAAAAUCCCAUCGAGGAGCUGAGCUUCGACAUGGGUUCCGUGGAGGGCUGUGCGGCGAGUGGAGAACUGGGUGAUCCUGGACGCACUUCGGAGGCAUUCGAGACGAUAGUAAGGGACUACCAGCUCCUGCGGCGCAGCAUUCGGGAAUCGAACUCCAAGGCCACUGGCCAAUCGGUGGCCAAAAAUGCCCAGGAGGGUGACUCCAAGCCGCAGGAUUUGGCCAAGGUAUUCGCGGAGCUAAGGGAUCUCUUCAAGGUUAAAACCCCCCAAGAUGAGGCUCAGAAGAUCCAGGACAUCUGCACGGAGGCCUGCAACCUGGCCAGGGCGCACAAGAAGACACUCCCGGAGAGGAAAAAGGCGGGAAAAUCGGAGGCUCCAGAGGAUGCCUGCGGAAAGCCGGCUAAAACCAAGAAGCGUCGCUUGAAGGCCAAGCGGCCCUUCAAGUCCAGGUACUACUCCAUGUACCGGCCACCGGAGAGACCCAGGGCGAAGAAGGAUUGCCCGGAGGCGGAGAAGAAGGUGCCCAGCCACAUGGGCUGGCUGUGGACCUCCCAUCCGCUGGCCUCCAAGCCAGGAUGGCGACCCGGCGCCAUCCGUCGCUCCAUUCGCGGCCUGAUGCGUUACUUUCUCAAGGACUUUCCCGUGGACUCCGUGCCCGUUUCCAAAUACAUGUCCUACUACCGUCACAAGAAGUCGCCCACGGCGCCGGCCGGUGAAAAGCCGGAGGAUCUGGUGCAGGUGCCCACCCUCCACAUAGAAAAGAAGAACGAUGUGUACACGAUCACGCUGCGUCCCUUGAAGGAUGCCAAGACCCUGGCACGAUCCGCCAAUCCCUAUGUGAAAAUGAAGCCCGUUCAGUUCCGGAUUGUGAAGAAUCCGCUGCUCAAGGAGCUGCGGGAUCUGAAGCGCUGCCUCAAGGGAAUGGGCUUCAGCAAGUGCUCCUGCCACAAGCCCCUGAUGAACUGCUAUUGCCGCAGUUUCGUGGACAAGAAGCGACUGCUAUAUCAUGUGCGGCGGGAGUGCGAGCGUCGCCAGAUAGAUUCCUGCGAGGACGAGUUGGUUCUGACGGACACGUCGGACAGCGAGGCGGAGUUCGACUUUGGGGUCACCCCGCCGGCCGGCCUGAUGCAUCCGGAGCGGCUGAGGAGCUCCCACGUGAAGCACAGCGAGACGCAGUACGACGAGAGCGACUGGGUGAGGCCCAGCCUGUUCCCCCACAUGCCCGAUGCCACGGUUCAGUACGCGAGCUGUGUGAUGGGCGAGCGGCAGAAGCCGUUCAAUUGGAUCUACGGCAAGGGCGUCAUCCAGGAGGAGCCCAAGCCGCCCAAGAUGCGCAACAUCCCCAAGAAGCCGAAGAAGCAGAAGCCGGUUCCGGGUCGCGUGGCCGGAGGUUUUGCGGGGGCCCAGCUGCCACAGGAUUACCAGGACUCCAGUAUCUACAAUCGGGUGAACAACCUCGCCGCUCAAGCCCACCAGCGUGCUGCAACCACUCGUGCUCCACCGGACUAUAGCACUGAUUCAGAGCUCCCGCUGAGUGGCAACCACAUGCGGCUCCUGGAUCAGGCCGCCUAUCCACCCACUGCCCCCCAGCGAAGGGAGCCCUGGUCCCGGGAGAUGACCAAGGAGCGGCAGAGGCAGCGGGCCAAGCGGAGGACCAAGAAGCUGGUGCGAUUCGAUCCCACCAUCGGCCCCCACUCCUCCGACAGUUGUAUCCCCUAGUUUCGUCUAACCGGGUCGAUCCACAUCCCCUAUCCACAUGCGAUUUUAGCCUACCAACGUUCCGAAAUUAGUCAACCGCGUUAAAUUAUAAGUUUUAAUAAACACCUAAAUUAAAA